UUUGGACUUUGGGGGAGCACGUGAAGGACUGACGCGGAAGAAGAAGAAGAAGAAAAAGAAAAAGAGGAAGAAGAAGAAUUAGAAAGAUUUGUGGACAAAAUCAUUUGGCGCGCCUUUCUCUCCUGGCGCUGUCACUCUUUAGUUUCCCGCCAGCACAGCAGAGGUGGACUUUGUUGUGCUUGUUGAUGUUCUGCUAUUAUUGACAAGAUCACAUCCGAGUGACUUCCGGCCAUGGAGGACGUGAAAUCCGCGCACAGGUCGUCCUGCUUCACCAUCAAGAGCCUCCUGCUGCCCUCCUCCUCCUCCUCCUCGUCCUCCUCGUCUUCCUCCUCGGCCGCCGGCCUCCCCGGGACUCUGCCUUCUUCCCCGGGCUCCGAUUCGGGGAGGUCGCCGGAGCCCCCGGAAGUGGACUCGGCGGCGGCGGCGGCGGCGGACAAGCCGCUCCCGGAGGACGAGGAGGGCGACUUGAAGGCGGCCGCGGAGCACACCUCCACCGCCGCCAAGAACGGCAAACUGGACAAGCCUCCGUUCUCCUACAACGCGCUGAUCAUGAUGGCCAUCCGCCAGAGUCCCGAGAAGCGUCUGACGCUGAACGGCAUCUACGAGUUCAUCAUGAAGAACUUCCCCUUCUACCGGGACCACAAGCAGGGCUGGCAGAACUCCAUCCGGCACAACCUGAGCCUCAACAAGUGCUUCGUCAAGGUUCCGAGACACUACGACGACCCGGGGAAGGGCAACUACUGGAUGUUGGACCCCAGCAGCGACGACGUCUUCAUCGGCGGCACCACCGGGAAGCUCCGCCGGCGCUCGGCCACCUCCCGGGGCAAGUUGGCCAUGAAGCGGGGCUUGCGCUUCGCCCCGCUGGGCUUGGGCAUCAACGAGCGGCCCGGGAACCCUCUCUACUGGCAGAUCUCGCCCUUCCUGUCCCUGCACCACCACCACCACCACCACCCGCACUACAACGGCUCCUCGGCCGGCUUCCUCAACCAGGCAGCCGGCUACGGCUCUCUGCUGCCCGGCGUGGAGCAGCUGGGGAACGGGGACCUGGGUCGCUCCAUCCUGGGGGGCUCCGGUGCGCUGGGCCUGACGAACUCGUACGGCAUGAGCACGUCGCCCGUCGGGCUGCUGUCCGGACAGACGGCGGGCUAUUUUGUUUCAGGGAGCCAACACGGGGCCGCGGCGGCGGGGCCACCGGGAGCAGGACCCCCGCCGCCGCCGCACCUGCAGCAGGGCGCGCCCGGCUUCGGCGGGCUGGCGAGCGGCAGCCCCCCGCACUCGCUGCUUUCGGACUCGCUGAGGACCGGCUCGGUACCGCCCUUCACCUCCGGCGUCUCGGCGGGCUUCCCCGGGGUGCUGAGUCACCAGAAGAGGGUGACCCCCAACGCCUUCAUAAACUGACCCCGGGCCCAAAACCACCUUUCGGACACCGCAGAGAAUAUCAAGCACAGCUGACUAAAAGAAAUAUAUAAAUAUAAAUAUAUAUAUAUGGAACAUUUAUUGUCAUGUUGUUUAAAAAAAAAGGGACAAUUGUGUUGCCAAAGGUAACAAACUAUUUAUACGUCUGUACAAAAUGUACACUUCUUUUUAUUUAUCAUUUUUAUUUAUUCUAUUUAAAAUGUGUGAUGGAGCAAGCGGGUCCAAUAAGACAAGUUCAAGAUUAUUUAUGUGUUGCAGCAGACAAUCGUUUUUUGCCAGGAAAAGUUAAUAAUAAUAAUAAUAACAAUAAUAAUAAAGUAGCCUUA